UCUUGCUCGGGGAAGGAGAGUCCAGCUUUCCGACUGUUCUGCAGGUUCUGCUCCAAUCGCAGAUUGAUUUUGCCCCACCGAGACAAUGGAGCUACCCAAGGGGCCAAAGGGAUCCCAGAGGGCUAUCUUCCUGGCAGGAAUCCUUCUGGGCUGUGCUUUGCAGUUGGGAGCGGCCCAUCAAAGGGUUUCCAUAACCCUGAAACCACCGGGAGUUCAAGAGGGUCAGGACGUCACCCUUUCCGUGCAGGGGGGCCCCAGACAGUUUGAGCGUUGCUCAUGGUACUACUACAGUACCCUUCAGAGGGAGGAACCGCAGAGAAUCCUCGAAUACAUCCCAAAACCAGGGCCCCAGGAGAAAAAAGUCACAACUCGCAGCUCGCGGGAGACAAUGGAAGAAGAUUGCUCCUUGCGCAUCGCAGAUCUCGGGUGGUCUGACACGGGGAACUACACUGUCACCUUAGAAGUGGACCCAGCCAGCCAAUCACCAGAUAAGAAACCCGGUCUGAAAGACGAGUUCUAUGAAGGCUCCAUUUAUCUACAAGUGUCAGCCUCGAAUCAAUUCAGCAUCCCCGUCCAAUGCGUACCACCGUGGCCCAAUCAAGGGCAGGAAGUCACCCUGACCCUGCAAGGAAUCCCCCGGGAGUUAGAGUCUUGUGAGUGGUUCAAAGCGGGACCUUCCGGGAACUUGCAGCCCAUUGAUUGGUACAGUCCGGGAGAACAGCAGCAGGAUAAUCACACUAUAAGCAAUAAGAGGGUCACCGUGGGUCGGGAUUGCUCUUUGCGCAUCACAAAACUCACCACGGCCGACUCCGGCAAUUACACUGUGAAGAUGGAGGUGUUUGAGGAUCGUCAGCAGCACCAGCCGGUCAAUGGGACCGAGCCCCAAGGUCCUGGAGAGAUCCGGGAACACUGGGGCCAAGUCAAACUACAGGUCAACCAAGGCUCUGGAUCGAGUUCCUCCGUGGCAGAAUGUCACCCAGACCUCGGUGGUUUGAGAAACCAGCACAGUUUAGUGUUCACAGUGUUGGAUUAG